AUGUCCGGCUGCAGUCCAUCAGGGAGGAGGAGAGAGGAUGAUGAUGAUGAUGAUGAUGAUGAUGAUGAUGAUGAUGAUGAUGAUGAUGAUGAUGAUGAUGAUGAUGAUGAUGAUGAUGAUGAUGAUGAUGAUGAUGAUGAUGAUGAUGAUGAUGAUGAUGAUGAUGAUGAUGAUGAUGAUGAUGAUGAUGAUGAGGAUGAGGAUGAGGAUGAGGAUGAGGAUGAGGAGGAGGAGGGGGAGGAGGAGAAUAUCGAUCGACCUCCCGGUAUUGCUAAGCAAAGGAACCGGGUCACACGCGACGUAAGCAUUUGGCUCGGUCGCUGUCUCCGUGCUGGAUAGACUGCAACUAACUAACCUACACAAGGACUGCACGAGCUCUGUCAAAAAUAGACCUCACCCAUGAGCUCUCGUGCGAGUGAAAUGCAGCAGGGUCGAGUUUAUUACUUUUACUACAACCAUAAAAUACGCAGAUUCUGACGUUGAGCACGGUGUUGGGGAGUGUUACCGAUUCGUUCAAUUGUUGUCGAGAUUGAGAGGGCUGUGAAAUGAUGCGUAAAUUAAGCCAAAGUUUUUUUGGUUUUUAUGGUAAACAGAGAGAGAAAGCAGUUUGUUAUCGUCAUUCCUCCGAUUUGCAAUUGAAUCCCUGAUCUCACAGCCAGUGGCUAGUGCUUCGAAGCUACCCCUAGGAGACCGAUUUUCCGGAUUCAUUUCGGAGGCACUCACCUAACCAGUCGAAAUUCUACCUGAUUCGCCAGCGCGAACCGGAUUAACUACGGUAGAGACGGUAAACUCGGGAAUAGGAUCCCCCGGCUGUGUAUGUGGCCUUGCGUUUCAUCCGGGGAAGGGUUCCUACUUCUGUGUCCCAACCCUAACCCUAACCGCAACCCUAACCCUGAAAAUGACCCUACCUCUGACCCUAACCCUAACUUUGGUCUCCCUGGAAUUUAGAGCCAGGCCAUCUGCGCUACUGGGUUUUUAAUGCACCUGUCCUACUGAGGAGAUGUGGGCGGUGAUAGUGAGGUUAUCUGUAGAUUUACUCCUUGCUGGGUAUACAGGUGGUGGGCAUGGCUGCCCAGUCAUCAUCCUCGUCAUUCUGACCCCUGUUGGGGUGUUGUUGUUGCUGCUGCUGUUGUUGAUCAAAACCUGGUCAUUUGCUGUGUGCACCAGGGAGUGUGGGGUGGAACGCCAAGGUGCUGACUCGAUCGUGCCAUUCACCUGCGCCCCACACCUCGCCACCGGUCUUCUUGACUCUGUCUUGACACGGGGUUCAGGAGGGGGGGAGGAGGUGAGAGUGGGGUAGAUGGUGUGCAAGUCUUCUAUCGCUAUAAACUAAUUCACGCGCAAGUCACCGUGUCUGCUUCACCCUUCAGUGGAGCACGCGGGGGACAUCGUCGGCAACGACGUUCGAACUGUCAGAUUUAAUCCUGCAUCGGAGGGACCAAGCCUUCGUACCUGUGCCCAUCUUCAGUGCACGGAGUACCCUCAUUUUCGGCAAUAUGUUGUCAGGUCUUUGUUGCUGAUUUCAAACGCCGACAUCAGAUUAACAGAAGAAGUGGAGUUCAUAAAGCUUGUGAGGCGAAGGUUCGGUGCAGGAACGGUGCCCGGCAUGGCUGCUAAAUUGAAGCAUUUUGCUCCUGGCGCACAAUAAAAACAAUCAUACACAUCAGGAUUUGCAGUCAUAACCAAGUUUUGAGACUGCUUUCAAGCUGAUUUCUGUAGCUCCACAACUUGAAUAACGAAAGCUGGAUCAGCAACAAUUUAAAUUCGUAAAAAAUCGAUAUGGAGACGGAAGGUCGUAGCUCAGAACGUGCGGUCUAGUCGAUGAAUAACAAAUUUGCAAACAUGAAGGCGAAAAGAAGCAGGAAAAAGCCGAUAACAUACAAAACCGAAGACUAGGAGUUUCAAGGGCAGAGCCUGACUUCUUCCGAGAAUGAAUUAUCCACACAUCUGAAUUUUUCCUCCGUGAGUAGACUGCUCGCGCACCAGAUGGGCCUCGAAGGCGGUGACGUGGAAAUGACGGGUUGGCAAGGGUUAAGUAUAUGCGCGGGGCUAGAAAGUGCCGACUAUUAUUUAAAAAAUUCACUAGCGUUUGAGCACUUCUGCUCUACUGGUGGACGUAUGCACUCCGUUUAGCAUUUUUUCUAUAAUUUUUUUUACCGCCAGACUGCUCUCCGUCCCGAACUUUUUUUUAUAAAAAAGUGAACUUUCAUAUUACUAAGGGAUUACAUGUGGACGUGCAGGACAGUGAACCAAUGGAGACAUUUCAGCGGCGCCGACUUCUCGGAGCUGUACAGGUCAGCGAAUUUCGUCCUGCCGACGAAGGGCCGACCAAAAAACUCUGCAGAGCAACGCCUCCCUUGAAAAGUAUAAUAAGCCGUUCACCGUAGUUUUUCUUUACCACGUGCACAUACUUAAUCCUUACCGACGAGACUUGGUAUCUUGUUUAACUCGUAACGUGCACGGAGCAUCCGGGGUUUUGCAUAAACUCAGUCACGAAGAGGAUAUGUGGGCAAAGCCUUCUUCGCUGGUUUAUUGAAACGGUUUUUGUUUAACCGUAAAAUGGGGCCUUAACUACAUUAAAGGCUAUUUUACUGGCUCAACGCAACUGUCGCCUGAUCAAGCCUGAGAGGUUGACCUUACUUACUGAUCAAUGCUACCAGGGAAACUGGAAUUGUUCAGCGGAACAGAUUCGUCCUGUUGCUGACGUUUCGCAGAGCCUGGUUUGAUCUCCAUUUUCAAAGCGUUUUAUGCUUAAAAUCGAUCAGAAUUUUAAAUGUCUGGUCAAACUAUUCGGCCUUGCACCGAUCGAUUUUUUCCUUCAUUCGUUACCUCAGCAUUUUGGUAGAUGUUUGCAAGGUUUGGCGGCCGAUGGCGUUACGCGGUGUCAUCUCGAUGGAGAAUGUUUUUAACUUGGCCUUCCCUUCGAGUGAGUUCGCCGCAGGACCAUGUCUACCCGGAUUCCUUAAGUUUGGUUUAGUCAUCUCGUUCUGGUCAGUGCCUCGCCACCUGUCAUUCCCUGUCACUGCAGAUCGGGUAUUUAUUCAAGCAGGAAUGGGCGCACACCGAUCUAUUGGCUUCACAAAGCAAACAAGCUCCGUAUGUGUGACAAAGGUUACGAACAGGCAACCAACUAUCAGGCCAAAGUCGGCCAAGUCGUAAUAGUCCUGAUUGAAUAAAUACCCCAUCUGCAGUGACAGACGAUGACAGGUGGCGAGGCCCUGAUGAACUUCGCUUCGAUGAAGUGCUUAUGACCCAUCUGGUAGACCCCAGUGGUGGACCAACUGCGCCAGGUGCGUCUGUGCGCAUGUUUGUGUUUUUGGUCCCAGCUGCUGGUGCUCAGGGUUAUGAUUGGCUGAAUGAAGGCAGAAUAAGCCCGAAACAGUGCUGUAUCAAUCUACCCGCAUUCUCUGUCGUCCCUCCUCGCUGCUAUUAUGACUUGGCCGACUUCGGCCUGGUAAUUGGUUGCCUGUUCGUGACCUUUGCCACACAUACGGAGCUUGUUUGCUUUGUGAAGCCAAUAGAUCGGUGUGCGCCCAUUCCUGAUUGAUAAAUACCCUAUCUGCAGCGACAGAGAAUGACAGGUGGCGAGGCACUGAUGAACUUCGGUUCGAUGAAGUGCUUAUGACCCAUCUGGUAGGCCUCAGUGGUGGAUCGACUGCGCCAGGUGCGUCUGUGCGCAUGUUUGUGUUUCUUGUCUCAGCUGCUGGUGGUCAGGGUUAUGAUUGGCUGAAUGAAGGCAGAAUAAGCCCGAAACAGUGCUGUAUCAAUCUACCCGCAUUCUCUGUCGUCCUUCCUCACUCAUAUAUAUGACAUCUCAAAAGCAGCACGACUGACCAUUAAUCAAACAGAUUCUGCCAUGACAAGAUUCCUUGGGCUUCCUAAAGUACACAAGCCUGGUGUUCCGCUUCGACCUAUCGUAUCUUUGCCCGGAACGUCCACAUUCACUCUGACCAAAUAGCUGUUCCGACGCCUGAACUGUGUCACACCAGCCCCCGAUACAAUGGCCCGCUCAGCCGUAGGCUUCAUGGAAGGACUCCGGGGACUAAACCUUAUCGAAGACGAAGUCAUGGUAUCAUUUGAUGCUUUCGCGCUCUUAACCUCAAUUUCUCCGUCUUGCAGCUGGAACCGUCGGCGAUCUACUUGACAGUCAACCUGAGGAGGGGAUCGAUAGGUCUAAACGAAGGAAUAUUAUUCAGCUGUUUAAUUUCCGCCUCAAAACUUAUGUCAACUUUAAGGGGACGGUCUGCGAGCAAAGCAAAGAAACUCCGAUGGGUUCGCCGUUUUCUGGUUUAAUUUCUGAGGCUGCUUUUCGAAAGAUAAGGACAUUGGCGUUCGCGACCUACGAAUCAAUAUUUCCGACGAUACCUUCGCCGUCCUCAAGCGGGAAUUUCAUGCAACCCUGAAGUCCGUUUUCCGGACAUUCAGUUCACAAUCGAGGCAGAGGUCAACAAUCAAAUAGCGUUCCUAGACGUCCUGGUCCACUGUAAGACAGACGAAAGCCUAAAGACGACGGCAUACCGAAAGGUCACUAACACACGUCAGGACCUAAGUUACCACCCGUCGUGCCACAAACUUAGUUAUGUGCUAACCCUUUACAUGAGGGCGGAAACGCGUUGCAGCGAUGCAAACGACAAAGAAGUCGAACUCUAUUAUCUGCGGCGGAUGUACACCUCCAACGGUCUCUCUCGCAGCUUCAUAGAGCGUAGCAGACAGCCGAAGCAAGCUAUGACUAAUGACGGAACAAUCAAGUGUGGCGGGCACUACCAUAUAUCGAGGAGGUAUCCGAAGCAGUCGCUUGUCUUUCACAGCUACUUGAGAGUCGGCAAUACGACGUCUGGUCAUGGGACCCAAGGCACCUCUGUCACGAGGCGAAGUUGUGAAUGUCGUCUACCGUGUCCAGUACAGUUCCUGUGAGUCUAACUACGUUGGAGAAAUCGGGAAAUGACUGCAGACUCGCAUGAGUGAGCAUGCAAGGGCAGUGAGAAAAUGAACUUGACGAGAAUUUAUCCAAAUAGUCUUCUGGAUACUACCAUGGGAAUUUUCGCGAUUCUAAAAAGCCCUAAUUCUGGUGUCUUUCCUCAUCCUGAUAACGUAGACUUAGCCUGCCGAUAACGGCGCUCUAGGUACAUCUACGACCUGAACCUUUAAAUGUGUUCUUUUCUCUAGCUGAGCAAUAAAAACGUGAACAAGAACUGGACUAAAUGAACUCCCUUUUGCUACUUCAUUCGUCUGUCCGUAUUGAUGUCUUUUCAAAGGACCGGGACAUAUUCAGUGUAUGGUCUCAGCAACUCGUGGAGUUUUCUAUGUGACAAAAGAGCAUCAGAAUUAUGAAUAUUUAUGCUGUUGUCGAGAUGCGAUGGGCGACAACUCCAGAAUCUACAAAUCAAAAGGCAGGUAAGACAGAGUCCUUGGACAAACUUUACUGAGGCUAGCGAGCAUAAACGCAGCUAAGGUGGCAGACGCAUCAGGACGUCUACCCAGGCCGCUGAUAGCGGUUGAGAUUGCCAGCUCCAACGCAAAGCGCGUGCGUGCGCUUGGGUUUUGUCUGCUUACAGCCAAUCGGUGAAGAACGCAGCGUCCAUUGGCUUCGAGCGCUCAUCACGCCAGUGCCAAGUCACAAGCGGUCCAAGCAAUCGACUGACAGGGGACGUUAUGCGGGCUGACGGCGGCAUGGGUGAGGGGCUGCGCUGGCGAUCACGAAGGCGGACUGCCACGACGUCAGUUGCUUCACUAAACAGUAGAUUUGCAGGUAUUUAUUCCGCUUUCACAGAAGUCAUGCGCUUGCUGAAAAUUUCGAGGCCUUCAAUCUUCUCCAUAAAAUCAUAAAUGCAUUUGCAAACUUAUGUCAAUCUCUUGUCCACCUACUACUUGUUAUUCAUGUUGGAUGUACCAUUAAGCAGCGGGAAAGAAGUUAUGAAAGUCGCGGCUGCCAAUAAAUUCUCAUGUGUGCUUGCGUAAAAUUUAUAACGCGAACGUGUGUGUCCCACGAUGACCUCACCUGACUGCAUGAACAAAUGCGGGCGAUUGGACUGACGGAUUGAUUGAAUGUUGCUGAGCUAAUUUGCCUUCUGUUUGGGACUACAUUGUGAGACAUUUCUGGACGCUGUUGGCCUAUUGGCAGUUUAGCAGAAAUGACCCAAUCUCCGUGUCAGAAUUAGGGGACUUAAGUUAACUGUGGCGCCAGAUCCAGGAUUUUAAAAUAGACAAUUUUUGUCUAUCGCUGAGCCCAGACUGUGUCCUGUAGAUCUCAGUGUGAAUGUUCAACGUUAAUCCAUCCUGAUUACGCACCGAAAUGCGGAGCGCCUUGAGGUUGCAGUCUAGAAGCAGUACCAACGUUUAGACCACUCAAAAUCCGGCCUAAAAUCCACCUGAAUAGAACAAAUCCGGACGGUUGCAGCUGGCUCUUUCUUGUGUUACAUUUAGAUGAGUUGGCCAUUUGCGAUUUUGGAAAUCGGAAUUUUACGCCUUUCGUUGGUGCGCCUCUGGUGAGUAAGUGUUGAGAACAGAGCCCCCUCUGGUAGACGCGCGCUCACCGAUUGUUUUUACGGAACUCACUCGUCCCCUUGUGCCUUAGGGCCCUCUCUCUCUAGCCCAACCAGCAACCGCACAGCGGUGCAUGAUAUAGACAGAGUGGUAUUGACAACAAAAACAGUGGAGGCCGAAAUGGCCAUUUCUGCCUUAUUAGCCGUCGUCAGCCAGCCAUAGCCAACCCCGAGGCGUUCGACCCCUGGGGCUCCAUCCAGCAACCUGUUAGUUAGAAGUCCAAUGCCCCUAACCCCUGACCCACCGGCUCGUUGUCCUGCCGGUUGCGAUCGGAAAUGUACAAUGGUAGAGGGGCACUCACCGAUCGUUCAUACGGAACUCACUCGUCCAGUUGUACCUUGGGGCUCUCUCCCGAGCCUAACCAGUAGCCGCACAGAGGAGCGUAAUGUAGACAAAGUAAGAUUACCGACAAAGACAAGAAUUCGCUUUCUCAUAAAGCCGGUGUCAGUUAGCGAUUAACAACAUUCCAAUGGAGUACUGAACCGCUCUACGCUUAAAAUACAGGCUGGGUACUAAUUCACCUAUAAAUGGUUCCUGCCAGCUACCAGUAAGCUAUUCGUUGGCUUGUAUGCAUUCUCCUUACCUCUCAUUCUCCCUAUCCCUUCAGAAACCCUAUGUUUUUUUACUCUAAAGUUUCCGAAUCUUGGUGCCGGUGCGUGGUAAAUUUCAGAAUGAGAGCCUCCUCAAUCCGAAUAUGAGCAGAAUUCAACGGCUGCAUAUGGACAUGCCUGUUUUGACGUGUUCAUUUGUCGCUGUCCAAAUUUGAAAAUCCCAAAUUUAGAUUCCAUUGGCCAUUUCUAAAAAGCAUAACAGUAUAAAGACACCCACAAGCUUAGAUUGACGCAACGCGCCUGAACACGUGAACCGUAUGUCCUAAAACGGAAACCAGCAGUUAGUUUGAGUGCUAAUCACAAUGCGUUCGCCUUCGGAUACCAGUCCCCGAUUAGGGUAUUUUCCGCCUUGCCUGUAGUUCCCAGUCGUUAAAUCUCCCUGUUUGGUAAAGCCUUCACCACUUCUCUACGUACAAGCAAACUCGAAGUUGUUUUCUUCCGGGAAUGACAACUCAGGUAAAUUAUCUGAAUGGCUGUGCUGUUCACCGAUUAAUCUCUAUGGAAGGACGGACCCCGUUUUGCGUGGAGCUCCAGUUAAGGCUUCACACAGAUGGUCGCAUAGCGAGGAGCGAGUACUAACUGAGGGCUUUUACUGAAAGGUAUGAAAGGGUAGGGGGCGGGCGAAGUGGUAAUAUCUGGCUUAUUCUCCAUUAUCGCUCAUAUGCCACUUUUGAUAACGGCAUCCGUGGGCAAACUCAGCUUCUUCAUUCGACACUAAACAUCCUCAAUCCCAGCCAACAGGAAGGGGGCAAUAGCUUAACCGGUAGUGCGUUUGGCUCAAAUGUUCAAUAACCAGCAGAUUCGGAUUCAUGUCUCACAGCUUCCAAAACUUCGAGCUGAUGUUGGUUGACCAGUGACCGAAAAAUAAGCAAACAAAAUGACCGCACACAUUUCCCUCGUCUUUGCGGCAGGCGUCGGUUAUGCUGUCCGGGUCUCAAGUGUAAGCACAAUGUGGGCACUGUAAGUACAAUAAGCCCAAGGUGGAUGAUAAAAUUGUCAGCGACUGUGGGUGGAAGUUGCAGACCCACCUACAAGAGCACAAAUCGGCCACUCGGAGGCUAGACCCCAAUUCUCAACUAGCAACGCACGUUGGAGAAACUGCGCAUACUUUUGAUCUCCAGAGAGCUACCAUCUCAUGCCGAGGCAACACAAAAGUAGAACGGCUAACACUCGAGGCUUGGUACGCUGAUGCCUACCCUAUCAACCGGCAUCUGGACCUUCCUGCAGCUUACAAAGUUCUACGUUAGCACGUCAGUAGAGCUCAGGACCAAGUAAACACACUGGACUUAAGAAGGCCAUAUGUAGACAGGUCGGAGGCGAGUCUACUCGGUGAGAAAAAAACACCAGACGAAGGUCCAAUCACCCCCACCCCCGACGAGUCGGGCUCAAAAAGUACACAGGUCAAACUUCCGCUAACCAUCGCCCGAGAGACUGAGGCGGCUAGAGAAAAAUCGAUCAGCAUGAGGCCGAUCAACGCAACAUGCCACUUGAAAUUCCUGGCCAAUUAAGUGCAUUUUACGCUUUGACAAUGGGGAGCCGACCAAGCUCUUCGAAGAGUCAAAUAAACCCGUUCUGGUGAGUCCAUCUUUUUCUUCCAACUGCAUGCAACUGGCAGACAAAGCUACCGGCGGCGGUAGUUGCGUAGAACUUGGCAGGCGCCACCUCGCUGCUUUGUGCUCUUCGCGUUUAUUUUUCAGCCGUUUGCUUUGACGCAGUUUAGCCUUUCACGGCUACGUUGCAUUUAAUGAUUAUUUCUAUCCGGUGGAACACCCGAAGAUAAUCGGGGGAGUCAGGAUAUUGAGUGUCCUGCGCUCUGAUAGGCGCAGACUACUCCUCCUGUGCUACGCUGGAUGUUUGGUCUACAGGCUGAAUGUCUACAGUGUUCGUUGUCGUAUUGCGUUUGUGUUUUUAAUUCCUUGAGAAAUAAAUGUGUUAUAGAGAAUCAAAUACCUAAAGGCAAGCUCUGUCGGGUUCGACCCGAAUGUUGAUGUCGAACUGAAGUUCAUUAGCCCCAGCAGAAUAACCACUCCAUAUUCACAAGCUGUCAACAGACGGUCAGUAGUUUGUGACUAUUGAUUAAAUUACCACACUCUCGUCACGGAUGCCGGCUAAAAACCCCCAGACACGCGUGUCUCGCCGAAUCUGUAACGAACCGAACCGCUUGUAGUAGCGUUAGGUAGCGGCACAAAAUCGGCGAAACACGCGCGUGUCUCGAGGGGGCUUUUAACCGGUGCAACUGUUGUGAACGUGCUAAAUCUACAUUUAAGCACUGCCGACUGCAUGUUGGCAGAUUGUGGAUAUCAUGCAGUUAUUCUACUGGAGCGGGCAGAUUCUAGCUCAAAUUUCGCGUCGAGACUGAAAAGGUCGUUCCCAGCGGAUGUACUCCAAGUCAACAUAUCGAUUUCUGGGAAGAUUAGGAAGCUGGAGCUGGAUCAUACACCGGAGCGAGCAUUGGGAACACCGGGAGUGGAAAACCCCCGAAGCUGCAUCAGACAGCGACUCAGGAAGGGCGGAACCCGUGUCUGCGGUUCCAGCUGGUACCACUGUUGGGAAUAUGACAAUUUAUAAACUAUUGCCUGUCGUUUAUGAAUAUUGAAAGAUUGUUCCGCCGAAGCUGAUGCACUAUAGGCCCAAAUAUUCACGUCAACUCUCAGAUCGAACCCGAACAGGGUUGACCAAAAGCUCCAAGCCCAGAUACUAAUUUUUGUGGAAAUAAAAAGCCUAGCAGUGGGAACUACAGUGACAGUUCGACCGUCUUACCGGACAAUGUCCACCGUGCGCCCCGCAGCAAGUUGAAGCAGGCACGGUGACUUGUGCGUGAGGUAAUUUAUAACGAGUAGACUUGCGAAUCAUUUACAGCACUCUCUCCUCCACCACCUGAACCCGGAGUCAAGACAUAGUCAAGAAGAUCGUAAACAGGUGGCUGGCGCGGACGGGCCCGCACAUAGGCGUACAACCACACUCCCUGGUCUACAACAAACACUUGACCAAGAUUAUAACUAACAGCAACAACAACGGAUCACAAAGAGGAGGAUGAUUUUGCAGCCAUGCUCACGACCUGCAUAUCCAGCGGGAGCGCAAGCGCAUCUAUCAGUAGGGAACCAGGUGUCAGGGAACUGCCAGCGCCUAGCAGGCUGCGAGGGCCGUGGUUUGCUGACCCUGGCAUAGCAGACGCUCACAUUUUUCGAGGACAAGAACCAGAGCGGGAGCCAGGAACGCUGGGGGACAGUGUCCGACCCCUAGCAGCUACGCUUUGCAGCGGCGGAAAAACAGGCAAGACACGCGCCCGCGCUGUGGUCUACAUACUACCACAGCAGUCUAGCCAUCAGAACUUAUUGGCGGCUUAAAUAGGCGCGGUCAGAAAGUUGCAGACCUGACCGGCUCAAACAGUGUGAUUUUUGGGAACGGUGCAACUGAUGUCUUCGCCAGGUUGCAGUCGUAGUUCCUCAGCAUUUCUAAGAGAACCAGUCCAAACAGAAAUAGUGCUUCCUGAACCAGCAAGUCAGCUCACCUUAGAGAUGAGGCCUUCGUGGUAAACAAGAAUCACCGGGGAAGCCAGGAAGACUAAAGUGGCUGUCUCGGGUCCACUCACCACCAUCAAUCAGCAAUACCUUGACUCGAGGCCGGCAGAACCCGACCCAAACAACAUCCCCACGCCUGGAGCAGACCGACAUACAACGUCCAACUCCCAAACUAUGGUCCCACGCAGCAGAGUGCAUGGUAAGUCGAUCCGGUUCGACCGGUGGACUACUUAAAUCCUCUUUUCGCCGUAGUCGAUGCUACAGCCCCAACCCCCCCCUCGCCCAAUUAUCGUCUCCGGAGCGACUCCCAGGUUUGUUUUUAGUUGCCUGCUAACAAUACGCCAAAUCCGACCAUUCCAGCAUGCCUUCUCGAUUCGUGUGGUGGGACGUGGCAUUACGUGUCCCCGGUGUGGACAGAAAGAGGGACGCCCCGAGACGGACUACCAAUCGGAGUACUUUAAGUGGACGUCAACCACACGCGAACCUCCCGCUCCUGGCACAGACGGCGUCCAGGACCGCUGA